AUGAUAUAUCAACAAAGACACUAUAGUAACAACAAUAGUCACUAUAAUAACAACUAUAACUCGCAAUACUCCCCAGCGUUGAGACAUUCAUCGUUGAAUACCACUGGCCAGAAUACCAUUCCAUCCGCUACUGCUGCUGUUUCUUCUUUUAACAAUCAAAACUCUGGCUACUCAUCGGUAUACUAUAACAGCAACAACAACAACAACAAUACCCGUAGCAAUAGUCAUAAUUAUAACAACAACAAUUCUGGCUAUUAUAACAAAAACAACUACAAUAACGUCUUCCAUCCAAAUACAAUCCCAAUCACAUCUGCUUCCCCCAUCUCUACUUCAUCUUCGAACCCAUACUCCAUGUCUUUGAACUCCUCAUCUGAUACAAGUUCAAACCCAAACUCUACUUCAAAUUCUCCAGUAUUUUCCAAAUUCUUGCGUAAUGAACAAUUCCCUAUUGAUAAUCAAAUCAAUUCCGAAGAUUUGUUAUGCUCUUCAAACACUUGUAACAAUAAUAAUGGCAUGACUUCCAUUAGAGACAAAAACGAUCUUUCCAGAUCUUUUGAAGAUGAUCUAUUCUAUUGUCCAAGAUCUUUGUUGAACAACCAAGAAUUAGCCAAAUGCCAAAAAAUAGAUUAUUUGUUUGCUGCUAAUUCUAAUUCCAGUUCUAGUUUGCAUAUUCAUUCCUCAGGAUCACCACCAACAAACAAGUUUGUAAAUACUUCUUCAAGUACCUGUAACAAUAAAAAUAAGUAUAAUCCCUACUUAUCUCAAAGUUUUAACCCAAACAAAUUCUAA